AUGAAGACACAAUUAGGUCAGAUUGUUGAUGCUUUGAGUCAAAGAGAACCCGGGAAAUUUCCAAGCCAACUGGUGAUACUUCAAAGGAACCAAGAGCAAGCCAAAGCGGUCAUAACACUUAGAAGUGGUAAGGUUAUUAAUAAUGGAGUUGGCAAUGAAGUUACUAAUGAAUUUGAUCAUGUGAAUGCAGGUCCCACCCAAGAAGAGAAUGAGAAACUGAAUGAUGAUCCAAGCAAUGUCACUUCUUCGUUUGAAGCUCUAAAUUUUCACAAGGAUGAAAAACCAUACACUCCUCCCAUCCCAUUUCCUAGAAGACUUGCCAAAAGCAAGCAGGAUAAGUCAUUUAAAGAAAUUUUUGAUAUUUUAAGUAAAGUGAAUGUUAAUUUCCCUUUGCUUGAUGUCAUUAAGAAUAUGCCAGCUUAUGGGAAAUUUUUCAAGGAGCUAAACAUUUAUAAGAGGAAGUAUGGACCUAAUGAGAAGGUGAUGGUGUCUGAAAAUAUGAGUGUUGUGCUUCAAAGAAAGCUCCCACCAAAACUCAAGGAUCCGGGCAGUUUUUCUAUCAAUAUCACAAUUGGAGGCUGUCCCACCCAAGAAGAGAAUGAGAAACUGAAUGAUGAUCCAAGCAAUGUCACUUCUUCGUUUGAAGCUCUAAAUUUUCACAAGGAUGAAAAACCAUACACUCCUCCCAUCCCAUUUCCUAGAAGACUUGCCAAAAGCAAGCAGGAUAAGUCAUUUAAAGAAAUUUUUGAUAUUUUAAGUAAAGUGAAUGUUAAUUUCCCUUUGCUUGAUGUCAUUAAGAAUAUGCCAGCUUAUGGGAAAUUUUUCAAGGAGCUAAACAUUUAUAAGAGGAAGUAUGGACCUAAUGAGAAGGUGAUGGUGUCUGAAAAUAUGAGUGUUGUGCUUCAAAGAAAGCUCCCACCAAAACUCAAGGAUCCGGGCAGUUUUUCUAUCAAUAUCACUUGGAAUUGGAGGCUGUAG